AUGAGGACAGAGACGCUUGGCUAUUUCAGGGGGCAGUGUGGAGAAAAACAGAGUACAGCAGAUGAGGCACAUCGCAAACCUCCGGCCGCGAAGCAGCUGCUUACGACCACCACUGCCGCCGUUGCUGUCGCUGUCGCCACCAAUUAUCGUCGUCGUCCGUCCGUCCGUCCGAAGAACACAAUGACCGAACGACCGACCAAUCGACUAAACAGCCGACCAACCUACCGACCGACCGACCGAACGAACGAGUGUACGAGCAAAAGCGGGAGAGUGAAGCAGUUCCUCUACCAACAACGUCACUUUGCCUAUUGA